AUGAACCAAAUUGUAUUAUUUGGUGAUUCUCUUACCCAGUUUAGCCAUAAUACGGAUAAUAAAGGAUGGGGUGCCGCACUUCAGAAUUUAUAUGUCAGAAAAUUGGAUGUUUUAAAUAGAGGCUUUGCAGGUUAUAACACCGAACAGGGCAAACUGUUACUGUCUCAUAUAUUGCCGAAGAAAAACCAUUCGAUAAAAAGCCCAAAAAUAUAUUUAUUAACUAUAUUUUUUGGAGCGAAUGAUGCAGCCAUUCCACCAUCAAAUCAAUUUGUUCCCCUUGAUAAAUAUAAGGAAAAUCUUAAACAACUGAUCAAAACCGUUAAAGAUUCCGAUUCACCUUAUUAUUCUCCUGAUACAAGAAUUUUACUUAUAUCUCCACCUCCAUUAUAUGAAGAAGAUUGGGAGAAAUAUCAAAAAUUAAUAGACCGGAAAGUACCUAGGAGAUUAGAAAAUACUGCUAAAUAUGCUCAAACUUGUGUUGAUUUAGCUACCGAACUAAAUAUUCCCGUUUUAAAUGCAUGGAAAUUGUUUAUGGAUAAAGUAACCUCAUCGACUGAAAAUAAUCACGCCUUAAGUGAGUUCUUCGUUGAUGGUUUACAUCUAUCCGCUCUAGGAAAUGAAGUAAACUUUAUUUCAUGGAUUGUUGGAUACGAUUCGAAUGAACUGGCCGGAAUUGGAUCCCGAGAAUUUGAAAAGUAUUACACCUUUAUGGGAGGAUUUGGUUCACAAUGA